AUUCGUGCAUCCAAUAAUCAGUUUGUUUCAAGCCACCGUCCUAAUCGAACCUUACGCAGUGCCAGUGCCAGUGCUGAACACAAAAUGAUACUAACCACCGUUUUCCUCAUCGGAUUGCUGUAUAAAAAUCCGGUGGCGUUCUUCUUGGUAAUUGUAGCUGGACUGCUGGUGCGUGAGCUAAUCAAGUACCACUUCAGACACUGGGAACGCUGCAAUGUCCCCGGGCCGAAACCUUCGCUGAUCUUCGGCAACAUCGCGUCGAACAUCUUCCUGAGGCAGCAUUUUGCCGAAAUGAUCGAUGGCUGGUACAACAAAUUUCCCAAUGCGCCCUUCAUUGGGUUUUACAAGAUUUUUAAACCCUCGGUGAUGAUUCGAGACCCGGAGAUGAUCAAGAACGUCCUGGUGCGGGAUCAAGCGUGCUUCUCGGCCAAUGAUUUUGCUUUUGACGAAAAACUGGACCCACUGUUGGCCCACAACCCAUUUAUGGUGUCCGGUGAGCGGUGGAAAAAGUCCCGGCAGCUGUUGACUCCGAUCUUCACCGGGAGCAAGAUGAAGCAGCUGUUUCCAAUCAUGGACGAAAUCAGCAGCCAAUUCGUGAACUUUGUCGGACGUCAGUGCGGUCGCGAGGUGGAAGCCAAAUCGAUAUCGGCGGCCUAUACGACUCAAAACGUUGCCGGAUGUGCAUUCAGUUUGGACGCAGAUUGUUUCAAUAAUCCCAACAGCGAAUGGCGCGUGAUGGGCAAGAAGAUAUUUCAGCCGACGUUACUGGCCGGAAUAAAGUUCAUGCUGAUGCUGUUUGUUCCAUCGGUGACCUGGUUCAUUCCGGUUCCGUUUCUACCGAAGGAAGUUGAUCGAUGGAUGCGUAAACUGGUGUCGACUUUGCUGCAAGAGCGAAAAACUAAACAACCGGAACGGGAUGACCAGUUGCAAUCGUUGCUUAAGACCAAGUCUGCUGAACUCACAGAAGAGCAGAUUGCUGGCCAUUCUUUAGCGUUCUUCUCCGAAGGGUUCGAAACUUCCAGCACCACAAUGGGAUUUGCCAUCCUUCAUCUGGCAGAGAAUCCAGAUGUCCAGGAAAAACUCUUUCAAGAAAUACAGAACACGCUAGGAAAAAAUGACAUCCCGCUCACCUUUGAUCUGGUGCAGAAGAUCGAAUACUUGGACUGGGUCCUACAGGAAAGCCUACGGAUUACACCACCUGCAGCCGGUUUGCAGAAGCUUUGCACCCAAAACUACUGUCUCAAGUACAAGGUGGACGGCAAGGAAGUCGGAACGUGGAUCAUGCCCGGAACAACGGUGCUCAUUCCCAUUGUAGCUGUUCACAUGGACCCCAAGUACUACCCGGAACCGGAGAAAUUCCGCCCGGAGCGAUUCAGCCCCGAGGAAAAAGCCAAACGUACCGAUCCGGUAUACUAUCCCUUCGGGGAUGGACCUCGAAUGUGCCUCGGAAUGCGAUUUGCCCAAAUUCAGAUCAAAGUGGCUCUGCUGAAGCUGGUUCAGCAGUUCCGUGUUCGCACCUCCCCGAACAACAAACCGUGGCAGUACAAUAGAAACACAUUCCUGACCGAGGCCAAGGAUGGUCUGCAGGUGGUGUUUGAACGACGCUCUCAAGAUUAAUUGGGGUAAAUCAUGAUCAAUGAUUAUUUUAUGUGUUUAAAGAUCUUUUAAUGCCAUACUAUUGAUUUAAAAAAAAGGGGGAUUAGGUCAACUAGGACUAAUUUACAGCAGCUGCAUGUCACCUGUCAGUAUCGAAAAAAUUCCGUUACAGACAAACUGUUUUUAAAUUGCCCUAGAAUAUAACUUUUUUUAAACCGUAGGAUCAUUUUGUGGUGUAGGUAAAUUUAUUUUUAAGGUGAAAAUGAUAAUUAUACACCACUUACUUGUGUCCAGAUUAUGGAACUAUGGAAUAUCAGCGUGAAUUAAAUCCGUUUUUUCAUACAAACCUCAAGCUCAGUGGGAACGCUUUUGGGCCCCAUCACUUUAAGAAGACGACCCAAAUAAACUAGAAGAAUAGAGCUUUGAAAUGUAUAUUGCUCAUUAAUGCAUGUCAGUCACAUGUUUGCUGAUUUUCCAUGUAAAUACAAGGGACAAUAAUGCGUUCAUAUGUCGUACAGAGCUGACGUUUUUGGUUCACCAUAUGGGAAACUAUAAAAUUGAUGAAAAUUAUGAUAAUUAGGUAGUCGUCAUGUAUAGUAAAAUGAUCAGGAAUUAUUGUUAUUGACGCAUAUUAGUAAUUUUGAAAAAAAAUAAUAAUAAUGACUGCUAACCUAUAUGAAAAUAAAGUAAAAAGCAAUAGAAAGAGCAAUCGAAAA